GUGAUGUCUGGGAAUGCUUGAAGGGCUACGCAUUUCUGUGACGUCAGCUUGAGAGUGGAGCGAAAGUCAGGCUAGGAUCGGCUGCGUUUAAAUAACAGGGGCAAGCCUGGGAAGCUGGCAAAGAGCAAGAAAUCAGGGACAGAUCAGCCUGCAAGAAACUGAGCAUUAAUUACUGUUGAAGAGUAAAUUAGAAAAGCCCCAACAACGGAUUUGAAUUUGAUCAACCGCGGAUCUGAAAUAACUCCACGAAAUCCUGCCUGAUAUGCAUUUUUGUCAUGUCUCCAAUUAAUACCAGUAGCACAACAAGAUCCGAGGAAGCGUUUAAUACAAUGGAGCAGGUGCUGCAGAGCACACUGACUGCGAUGUGCAAGAAACUAAGGGGAUCUGACUGAAACUGGAGCAUGUUGGAAUGCAGUUGUUUUUCAAAAGACAUUCUCAUGCGGAAAACAGCAGACAAAACUAAUUUAAGAACUGCUGCUGAGGGGCAUGGUGAAAGAAGUCUCAUCUUAUCGCCCCUAAUGAUCUGUAAUGCAGUAUAUAUUGAAGAAAUACCUGAGCUCUGUGAAUUUAAAGUGCUGUGAGCUGCUUCAAUACGUGAAUUAAGUAAGAAAGAAGAAACAAUAACACACAAACUGACAAAGGAAGGCAGAAAAGCAGUUGGAAAACCACGGAAAUGCGAUGAGAUGCUUUCAGCUUCAGAUUUUAAUUCUGCCAAAUAAGACUGAAAACAUUUUACUGGACAGCGAUUUUAUAACAUUCAUCACAAACUGGGCAACAUAUGAUGAACAUUUAAACGACAUUAAUGGAUCCCUCAUUUUUAGUUUUCAUUUUAACUUCGUAGACGGACAAAAGGAUUCGGAGAUAACUGGCCUUUUUUUAAAUCUUUUUUUCGGGGGGUGGGGGGGGGAGGACCAACUGAACUCAACUCAACUCUGAAAAGAAUGGAGUCUUCAUGCAUAAUUUGAAGAUCACUUUUUUUUUUUUUUUUUAAAUUGCGUUUCACACCACGAUGCAGCUCCUGAAAGCUGUGUGGGCUUUAGCUGGAGCGGCAAUCUGCUGUUUCGUUAUUUUUGUGAUCCACUCACAGUUCCUUAAAGAAGGUCAGCUGGCUGCUGGUACUUGUGAAAUUGUCACUCUGGACAGAGAUAGCAGUCAGCCUCGGAGGACUAUAGCUCGGCAAACAGCACGAUGUGCAUGUAAAAAAGGGGAAAUCGCUGGCACAACGAGAGCACAACCAGCCUGUGUUGAUGCACGAAUUGUAAAGACAAAACAGUGGUGUGAAAUGCUUCCUUGUUUGGAAGAAGAAGGAUGUAAUUUGCUAAUAAAUAAAUCAGGUUGGACUUGUACGCAACCCGGAGGCCGAGUUAAAACAACAACAGUUCAUGCGGAAGAAGUUUCAAAGUAUACCUCAGGGUGGUUGUCAUUCUGAAGUGACUGGUUUUGAUUAUGGGUUUCGUGUACGACAGGUGUAUUGAUUUCAUGUAAGUUGAUGAGGUUUCUUCAGAGAAAUAAGUUCCAAAUGGUUAUGUUAUCAUGAGAUGGAGAAGCUCUGAGUCAAUGAGAGUCUACAGAUAUGGCAAAAAUAUUUGCAACACCUACAUAUUUAAGACUGAGAUAUAAUUAAAAAAAUAAUAAAUAAAUAAAUAGAUGUAUGAACAUAAUUUAGAUAUUUUAUUUAACAUCAUGUAAUCAAAGAAACUAAAAAAUGAUAUCGCAAAAGUCUACCGGAAGCCAUAAUAGUAGUACAGUAUUUCAAAUUAGAUUUCUAAAAAUCAUUUUUCAAUUUGUUAGUUUUCCAUUAAGUAUAUGGAAAACUACAAAGCAGUACGUAAUUAAAUAGUUUAACGUAACAUUAUUCAUCAGGUUUCAUUCAAUUUUAUGAAGCAACAUUUGUUAAUUCCAUAGGGUGAUGCAAAACUUUUGUCCAUAGCUGUAGGAUUUUGUCUAGUUAUUAAUAUCCAUUCGAUAAGAGGUGGCCCAGCAAAAAAUAUAAAGAUAUCACUAUGUUGCUAUAAAAGAAUGUUAAAUGCGAAGAAAAUAUUUAACCUCUUGACUGCAACCCAUUAUAUUAUUUUUCUCUUUAAGAACUAAAAGUGAAUUGAUUUCUUUUACACCAGCAUUUAUUUUUGAUUAACACCCACAGUGACUAUAAUUGUCAAAGUGAUUCACCUGUGUUUUUAUAGAGUUAUUGGCCUUCAUUAGUUCCUGUCAGUUCAAGUGGCUUGGGGUGGGAGUUUCCAAUGUAAACAAAACAAGGCCGUAUGUACUAGUAUGAGCGGCUAUGUGUAAAAAUCACUUCAGAAUGCCACUACCAAGCAUGUUGAAUAAAAGCACAUGUAUUUUA